AUGCUACAAGGGCAAGACACAGUGGUGAGCCAGCUCUAUGCACACAUGAAGGCCUUCAGGCCCAGCACCUCAGAUUUCCCUGCGCUGCGUGAGGUCAUGGACAGUUUGCCACAGGACCAUACUGGUGCGCAAACAAGGAGGUAUGGAGCAGCCAUCGCAUCUCUGUCUGCACAGUUCAAUGGGCACUUUCAGGAUUUUGCUACUCUCAAAAAGGACAUGGGGCUAUUCUCCUCUCCUUACUCCAUGGACCUCGAUGAUGUCCCUCAUCAAAUGCAAAUGGAGCUAACUGAGCUGCAGUGCGAUGAGUUACGCGGCCGACACCAGCAGCUCUCACCUGUGAACUUUUACCGGCAGCUGGAUAAAGGCAGGUUCCCAGAAAUGCGAACAUUUGCAAAGAAAAUGCUGAGUUUGUUCGGCUCCACAUAUUUGUGUGAGCAGACAUUUUCUGUUAUGAACUUGAACAAGAACCGCUUGAGAUCCAGACUAACAGAUCCCCACCAAUGUGACAUUUUACACAUCGCAACUGCUGCUCUCAAACCAGACUUGGCCUGUGUGUCCCCAGACUGUGACCAGGUUUUGCUGAAUGGUAAAGAAAUGUGCGGUCGGCAGUCUUUGGCAAUCAACUUCACCUACCUGCACCUUUCUGCUCAGCUGCAGCUCACUGUCUGGGUGCCAAAGCUACCUCUGCAGAUAGAUGUGUCAGAUACUGAGCUGAGCCAGGUUAAAGGCUGGAGGGUACCGAUCAUCACUAACAAGAGACCUACAAGAGACAGUGAAGAUGAUGAGGAUGAUGAGAGGAAGGGCAAAGGCUGCACCUUACAGUACCAGCAUGCUUUGGUGCGGGUCCACACCCAUUUUGUUGCAGAACCCUCUGACCCAGGAGGAGAAAUGGUCUACAUGUUAGGUGCGGACUGGCAAGCUGAUAUCACCCAUUUGGUCUUAGACCAGCUUAAGGUAGAAGAUCCUCAAAUUGCCAGACUGAUAGACGGACAAAUCUUGAUCGGGCGGGAGCGGGGGCAUACCACUAUACAGGUUCUGUCCCCGCUAUAUGACUCUAUCCUGGCAGAGAAGACUGUGACUGUGUUGGAUGACAAGGUCACUAUCACAGACCUGGGAGUCCAGCUGAUUGCAUCUCUGUCCCUCAGUAUGACAGCAAGUCCUGGGAAUUACCAGGCGAUACAACUAACAACUACAGCUACAGACCUGCUACACACACCUAAACAGGAAGCAGUGAUUAGCGCAUGGAUCCAGUACAGUGACGGUUCAGUGACACCACUUGAUGUUUAUGAUCCCAAGGAUUUCCUCCUGUCGGCUGUGUCAUUGGAUGAGAGUGUCAUCUCCGUAAACAAUCAGGAGCAACACUGGCCCAUUGUAGUGGCAGAGGGUGACGGACAGGGAGCCCUGGUUCGUGUAGAGAUGGUCAUCUCCGAGACCUGCCAGAAAUCCAAAAGGAAGAGUGUGCUAGCAUCUGGAGUUGGCAAUGUGAUGGUGAAGUUUGGAGCAAAGAGUGAGGAAAGAGGUGUUAUGGGAAGAGGUGGACAGAACGCUGGAGGAGGGAUGGACAACAGCACCAGUGAGCAUCGAACAAAGGAUGGAGGAGAGUGGAAGUCCAACAGUGCAGCAUUGGAUCGAGAGGAAGGAGCCAUGAGGAAGGUUAGCACAACGACCAAGAGCACAGUAACCCAUCGUGCUUUAGGUGGUAAAGCUGCUAAUGGAGGCAGCAGCAGCAGUCGGGGUGGAGGCCCCAGCCAAGCAGGGGACUACAAUAACUACCCAGCACAAGUCGAGAUACCAGGCACUGGGGAUAGUGAGCUGACCCAGACCACCAGGGGACUGUCGGACCUGGAGAUUGGAAUGUAUGCCCUUUUGGGUGUAUUCUGCCUGGCAAUACUAGUCUUCCUCAUCAACUGUGUGAGCUUUGCUUUCAGAUACCGUCACAAGCAGGUGCCCGUGCUGGAAGCAGGAGGCAACAUGAAUCACGCCCAUGACUGGGUGUGGCUUGGCAAUGAGGCGGACCUUUUAGCUGACCACUCUGACCAAUGCCAGGGCGGGCUGCCUGAUGAGUGCACCACCAUCAUUGACCGGAAUGAAGGAGGAUAUGAGGAGAACAAGUACCUGCUAAAUGGGGCUGGUAACACCAUGGUGAUGGGCGUGGGCACAGGUGGACACCGAGGCGUCACCCAUGGACAAACCCUGCCCAGAUCUGUUCCAGAACCACACCAGUGCCUUUCAGCAAUCACUAGUGGUGGUAAGACUGCCACUGGCCAAGUGGAGCAUCUGAAUAAUUCCCCCCGAGCCACGGCUGCAGCUGCAGUUGCAGCCGCCAAGCGCAAACGCGUCCAGUUCACAUCUUUUGCCACUGUGCUGCCCAAUGAUAAUUCAGGUGGGGGUGGCCCAUACACCAAUUCUUCAGUCCUGGUGACCAAUGGGAGUGAGGAUGACAUCAAGUGGGUGUGCCAGGAUAUGGACCUGGGUCAGUCUGAAAUCAGAACCUACAUGGAGAGGCUACAAGACAAUCUGUGACUGAUGGGAAAGGGACUGAGAAAUGGAGGGGCAGAGGAUGAGUACAGGAGGAGGAGGAUGGACAAUGAGUACAAUUCACCUGUAAUGCCUUUGCAAUGGAUGAUGGGAGGGGGAAUGGAAGGAAUUUGAGAACAGUAAAGAGAACGCGACAGUGAGGCGAAGAUUACUGAACAGACAGUGUAGGGGAUGCUCCCCUUAGGCUAUGGAAAGCAUACUGUCAUCACUAGC